AUGAUGACAGCAACAAUCAACCCACGAAGCCUCAAGACGGCCAUCAAGCUCGCCAAUACCAUCCCACGACCAUUCUCAAGCACCACCAGCUCCCACACCCCAGAUGCUACCAAGAUUUCAAUCUUGAAAAAACAGGCGGUCGCAAAUGCCGACGCAAGCUACGAAAGUCUACCGCCCAUGACGAGUGGCUUCGAUCAGCUGACAAUCAAGGAGCCCAAGAGCUUCCUGCGACCACGGAUCCAUCUGAGCAGCCUGCCCAAGCUGGCCCUCAAGUUGACACGGCCGGCCAAGGAGACGGAAGCCUAUGGGAUCAACUUUGGCGUCCUGCCCAGGAGCCAGCCGAUGGCCAACGAACGGACUACUACUGACCAGAAGCCGGUCUCGUUGAUCGAUCAAGCCCUGAAAUCCCGUCCUGCCGAUCGCCAGCCCGCCGAGCACGAAGAUACGAGAGCCGGCGAGAGCUGGUCAGCCUUGGACGAGACAACGGUUCGCAAGACCGAGUUUGGCGCGACCAACAACGACCCUUCCUGCCACAACGCCUCCUCCGAUCUCCUCGUCGUCUCCCACAAAAAACUUCAGAAACUCGCGGAUCUCAUCAACCGUCAUCGGAUGUCCGUCGACCAGGCUCUCAUCCAGAUGCGCUUCAGCCACAAGGCUAUCGCCUCCAAGGUCCUCGACCUCCUCCUCAAAGCCAAACAAGAGGCCAUUGAGCGCGGGUUUAAACCCGAUCGAUUGGUCGUCGCGGAAGCAUGGGUGACCAAGGGCUUCCACACUACUGAGCUACAAGUACGAGCUCGCGGACGACACGGGAAGAUCAGCCAUCCAACAGCCAAGUUCAACAUGGUCCUACGCCAGUCAACCGACCCAAACAAGCUGGCACUCCAACGGAGACUGGCCCUGAAAGAGGCCAACCGUCGGCUUAGUCAACGUGGUACAAUCGCUGGCAGCCCUAUCAGAGUCCCCGCUGAUGGCGUCGUUCCUUCCUCUGUCGCUCACAGGCCAUUCUGGGGAUGGUAA